UGUUCAAUGUCACUGGGCGUUUGUGUGAAAGUCUAAUUUGAUUUUUUAUAGCAUAGUAUGAACUAAAAUACUUAUACAGACAAGUCUAACGGGCCAUUUCGAAGUCUUUCCAAAGUGAAAGCAGAAGAGGCGGCACGAGAGUUGAAGCAAGAAAAUAGAUAAAAUGGAUGCAGUGGGAGUGAACGUCAUAGAAACUGCUACUCUUGGGAGACCCUUCCAGCUGGGUACGCUGUAUGACUGCAGAAAAGAUGCCCUAGUACCAGGAAUCACACUAUGGGGUAAAGAGCAACUUCAUCAGAGUAUACGCAGUCAUGCCCAAAUUAAUACAGAUUUCAAUGUCACAGCUUCAGACUCCAUUGAAGAAAAAUCUAAUUUACUGAACAUUGAUGGUUCUCUAAAAUUGAGUCUUUUAAGUGGACUUGUCAAUGUGAGAGGAGCAGCAAAAUAUCUCAGCGACACAAAGAAAUCCUUUAAACAGCAAAGACUGACCCUACAUUACCAUUCAACCACCAAGUUUGAAGAACUGACCAUGAACCACUUGGGUUCUGGAAAAAUAGUUCACUAUGAAGCGUUUGAUAAUGAUGCAGCCACACAUGUGGUGACUGCUGUGCUGUAUGGGGCGAAUGCUUGCUUUGUUUUUGACAGAGAAGUUUCAUCAGAUGAGGACAAAACCACUAUUGAGGGGGAAGUAAAAGCUACAUUUGAUAAGCUGAAGGGCAUUUCACUGGGUGCAGAGAUUGAUCUGAACAUGAAUGACAAUCAGAAGAAUGCCGUUCAAAAAUUCAGCUGUACGUUUUAUGGGGACUUUCAGUUGCCAUCUAAUCCAACCUCUUUUGAAGAUGCUUUGAAGAUUUUUGCUGAUCUUCCAAAACUGUUAGGAGAGAAGAAAGAGCUUGCAGUUCCAUUAAGAGUGUGGCUUUAUCCUUUAGAUAAACUACACACAAGUGCAGCAAAAGUUCAAAAAGACAUCAGCACAGGUCUAAUCAAAGCUGUGGAAUCAGUUUUUGAGAGUUUAAGUACAACCGAAAUGAAAUGCGCUGAUCUUCUGAAGGAGCCACCUGCUUUGGCUUUUGCAGCAUUUAAUGGUCAAAUAAUGCAGAUGAGGGAAAACUGUUGCAGCUAUAAGUUUAGUCUCAUGAAAAAACUUGGCUCUCUGUUGCCAGAAAUCCGUGGGGAUCAGAAAAAGGAAACAGAGUUAAAUGAUCUUCUGCGUGAUCAUAUGGAAUCUCCAUUCAGAGGUCAGAAUCUUGAACAUUGGGUGAAAGAGAAAGCAAAAGAAUCUGCAGUAAUUAAAACAUUGAUCAGACAACUGAAUGAUUACGGAGCAAAAGUGGAAGUGAAUCUAGAUGAAAUCUUGAUGGAUCUGGAAGUUGAACAUUUGGUUAGCUACACAUUCACAUCAUUUGAGGGUCCAGAUGUGCUCCUUUCUACACAGAAGGACUACUUGAGUCCAAAGGGGCAAAAGAAAGAGAAUGCACCCAGUGCCAAAUGGAUGACGGGGCUUUCCUCUGAUGCCAAAAAGAAUAUGAGGACCAACACGACUUUAUUUAAAAACUUGAUCAAAUCAAAACAGCGUAAACCAGCCAAAUUUAUUGUCGCAUCAAAAGAAGUGAAAAACAUUGAAGGUUCCUGCAUUCUCCUUUAUGAAAAUGGAUCUGAUGAAGACAUUUGCUUUACUCCUCCAUUAAAACCAGCCUGUCCAGUUAUUGAACAGAUCAAAGGUCACAGUGUAGUCUUGCAGGUACCUACAACAUGUCAAGCUACAGAAGACCUCAGGUUAAUGUAUAAAAUAAAGGAAGAUAAAGACUGGAAAUCUCAACAUGUACAACAGAGCAAAGAAACAUUAACUCUGACAGAUCUAAGUCCAGACACAGAGUAUGAGAUUAAAUAUACAGCAGUUGGCAAACUGAACUACACCGUAGACAGUGAUGUCAUCCACAUCACAGUCAUAGACAAGAAGCUCAUAAGUGCCACAGAGUCUGUCUUAGAGAGUCUGACUUUGACUGAAAAAAAGUGCAGUGAACUUGUGGAUGACAGCAGAUCAAAAAUAUUCGGUGCAUUUAACAGAAAGAUUCAAGACAUGAUGAAACACUGUCAAACCUACAGACAAGACUUAAGCACCAGAAUUCAAUCCUUGAUCCACUCGAUUCAAGCUUGUGAAAAAGGCAUCUGUGAUUUGGAAUAUCUUCUACAAGCUCAUGAAGAAUCUCCAUUUAAAGCCACCAGUCUUAGAGAGUGGAUCACUAUAAAAGAAAAAGAAUUAAAUGUAGUUUCUACAAUUUUUCAUCAACUUCUGGAUUCUGGAGCAGAGGAACAUAUUAACCUGGAUGAAAUUUUGUCAGAUAUUAAUGUGGAGAAUGUGGUGUGCUACACAUUCAGUUCUCUUGAGGAGCCAGAUGAGUUUCUUUCUGAUCAUGAAAAUUAUCUAAAACAUCAAAUGAUAAGGAGAGAUUUGGAGAAGAUGCCUGAUGCAGUGUCUCGGACAUGGCUCCAAGGAACAGUAACAGAAAAAAUAAGAGAACAUUUAAAACUAUUUAAAGACAUAAUGACUUCACAUGGCAGUCAGUCCACAAAGUUUUUGGUUUCUUCAAAAGACCACACAAUACAUCUAGGUUCCUGCAUUCUCUUCUAUGAAAAUGGAUCUCAUGAAGCUCUUUGCUUUGCUCCUCCAUCAAAACCAGCCUGUCCAAUCAUUAUACAGGUCAAAGGUUACAGUGUAGUUUUGAAAAUACCUCCAACAUGUCAAGCUACAGAAGACCUCAGGUUAAUGUAUAAAAUAAAGGAAGAUAAAGACUGGAAAUCUCAACAUGUACAACAGAGCAAAGAAACAUUAACUCUGACAGAUCUAAAUCCAGAAGCGGAGUAUGAGAUUAAAUAUACCGCAGUUGGCAAACUGAACUACACCGUAGACAGUGAUGUCAUCUACAUCACAGUCAUAGACAAGAAGCUCAUAAGUGCCACAGAGUCUGUCUUAGAGAGUCUGACUUUGACUGGAAAAAAGUGCAGUGAACUUAUGGAUGACAGCAGAUCAAAAAUAUUCGGUGCAUUUAACAGAAAGAUUCAAGACAUGAUGAAACACUGUCAAACAUACAGACAAGACUUAAGCACCAGAAUUCAAUCCUUGAUCCACUCGAUUCAAGCUUGUGAAAAUGGCAUCUGUGAUUUGGAAUAUCUUCUACAAGCUCAUGAAGAAUCUCCAUUUAAAGCCACCAGUCUUAGAGAGUGGAUCACUAUAAAAGAAAAAGAAUUAUAUGUAGUUUCUACAAUUCUUCAACAACUUCUGGACUCUGGAGCAGUGGAACAUAAUAACCUGGAUGAAAUUUUGUCAGAUAUUAAUGUGGAGAAUGUGCUGUGCUACACAUUCAGUUCUCUUGAGGAGCCAGAUGAGUUGCUUUCUGAUCAUGAAAAUUAUCUAAAACAUCAAAUGAUAAGGAGAGAUUUGGAGAAGAUGCCUGAUGCAGUGUCUCGGACAUGGCUCCAAGGAACAGUAACAGAAAAAAUGAGAGAACAUUUAAAACUAUUUAAAGACAUAAUGACUUCACAUGGCAGUCAGUCCACAAAGUUUUUGGUUUCUUCAAAAGACCACACAAUCCAUCCAGGUUCCUGCAUUCUCUUCUAUGAAAAUGGAUCUCAUGAAGCUCUUUGCUUUACUCCUCCAUCAAAACCAGCUUGUCCAAUCAUUAUACAGGUCAAAGGUCACAGUGUAGUUUUGAAUGUACCUCCAACAUUUCAAGAUACAGAAGACCUCAGGUUAAUGUAUAAUAUAAAGGAAGAUAAAGACUGGAAAUCUCAACAUGUACAACAGAGCAAAGAAACAUUAACUCUGACAGAUCUAAGUCCAGACACAGAGUAUGAGAUUAAAUUUACAGCAGUUGGCAAACUGAACUACACCGUAGACAGUGACGUCAUCUACAUCAAAGUCAUAGACAAGAAGCUCAUAAGUGCCACAGAGUCUAUCUUAGAGAGUCUGACUUUGACUGAAAAAAAGUGCUAUGAACUUGUGGAUGACAGCAGAUCAAAAGUAUUCGGUGCAUUUAACAGAAAGAUUCAAGACAUGAUGAAACACUGUCAAACCUACAGACAAGACUUAAGCACCAGAAUUCAAUCCUUGAUCCACUUGAUUCAAGUUUGUGAAAAUGGCAUCUGUGAUUUGGAAGAUCUUCUACAAGCUCAUGAAGAAUCUCCAUUUAAAGCCACCAGUCUUAUCGAAUGGAUCACUAUAAAAGAAAAAGAAUUAAAUGUAGUUUCUACAAUUCUUCAACAACUUCUGGACUCUGGAGCAGAGGAACAUAAUAACCUGGAUGAAAUUUUGUCAGAUAUUAAUGUGGAGAAUGUGCUGUGCUAUACAUUCAGUUCUCUUGAGGAGCCAGAUGAGUUUCUUUAUGAUCAUGAAAAUUAUCUAAAACAUCAAAUGAUAAGGAGAGAUUUGGAGAAGAUGCCUGAUGCAGUGUCUCGGACAUGGCUCCAAGGAACAGUAACAGAAAAAAUGAGAGAACAUUUAAAACUAUUUAAAGACAUAAUGACUUCACAUGGCAGUCAGUCCACAAAGUUUUUGGUUUCUUCAAAAGACCACACAAUCCAUCCAGGUUCCUGCAUUCUCUUCUAUGAAAAUGGAUCUCAUGAAACUCUUUGCUUUACUCCUCCAUCAAAACCAGCCUGUCCAAUCAUUAUACAGGUCAAAGGUCACAGUGUAGUUUUGAAUGUACCUCCAACAUGUCAAGCUACAGAAGACCUCAGGUUAAUGUAUAAAAUAAAGGAAGAUAAAGACUGGAAAUCUCAACAUGUACAACAGAGCAAAGAAACAUUAACUCUGACAGAUCUAAAUCCAGAAACGCAGUAUGAGAUUAAAUACACCGCAGUUGGCAAACUGAACUACACUGUAGACAGUGACGUCAUCUACAUCAAAGUCAUAGACAAGAAGCUCAUAAGUGCCACAGAGUCUGUUUUAGAGAGUCUGACUUUGACUGAAAAAAAGUGCAGUGAACUUAUGGAUUCCAGCAGAACAAAAAUAUUCGGUGCAUUUAACAGAAAGAUUCAAGACAUGAUGAAACGCUGUCAAACCUACAGACAAGACUUAAGCACCAGAAUUCAAUCCUUGAUCCACUCGAUUCAAGUUUGUGAAAAUGGCAUCUGUGAUUUGGAAGAUCUUCUACAAGCUCAUGAAGAAUCUCCAUUUAAAGCCACCAGUCUUAUAGAAUGGAUCACUAUAAAAGAAAAAGAAUUAAAUGUAGUUUCUACAAUUCUUCAACAACUUCUGGACUCUGGAGCAGAGGAACAUAAUAACCUGGAUGAAAUUUUGUCAGAUAUUAAUGUGGAGAAUGUGCUGUGCUAUACAUUCAGUUCUCUUGAGGAGCCAGAUGAGUUUCUUUCUGAUCAUGAAAACUAUCUAAAACAUCAAAUGAUAAGGAGAGAUUUGGAGAAGAUGCCUGAUGCAGUGUCUCGGACAUGGCUCCAAGGAACAGUCCGAGACAAAAUGAGGGAACAUUUAAAAAAAUUUAAAGACAUAAUGACUUCACAUGGCAGUCAGUCCACAAAGUUUUUGGUUUCUUCAAAAGACCACACAAUCCAUCCAGGUUCCUGCAUUCUCUUGUAUGAAAAUGGAUCUCAUGAAGCCCUUUGCUUUACUCCUCCAUCAAAACCAGCCUGUCCAAUCAUUAAACAGGUCAGAGGUCACAGUGUAGUUUUUGAGAUGCCUUCACCGUGUCCUGAGACGGUAGAGCUUAAGUUACUGUACAAAAUGAAGGAAGAGAGAGAAUGGAAAUCUCAACAUGUGCAUAAGAGCCAAGAUACAGUAACUCUAGAAGAUCUCAGUCCAGACACACAGUAUGAUGUUAAAUAUACAGCAGUGGGGAAACUCAACUACACCACAGACAGUGAUGUAAUCAGAGUUGAAGAGGGGGGGACAAGGACCACGAGAGAUAAUGGUGGGGUCAAGCUGUUCUCUGACUUGGCUGGAAAAACAAAUGGUGGUCAUAAGAGUUUUUUUGAUACUUUGGAGAACCGAAUAAAAGAUCUGAGAGAAGUUCCUACAAUGGAUGACAGUGACAUUUUUCUAGUCUACUGUCCUCUUGUUUCUCGACAUGGCAAUGAUAUAGAAGCAGCGCUUAAAAGAUUCACUGACUCUACAGCUUCUAAGCUGAAAGUUCUGGUGGUGCUACAUCACACAUUUGACCCAGAGAAAACUGUACCAGACAGCAGCAGACGUGUCAACAGGACAGAUAUACUGACAGUGGACUGUCUGUUCUAUGAAGACACAGGAUUACUGAAGUGUCAGAAAAAUGAUGAUGCAAUCGACAAAGUUGUGAACUUGUUAAGGCAGCAGAGAAAGGAAAAGUAUGUCAACGAAUUUCAAUCUCGUGAAGGUCCUCUACAUAAAAAUGUUGCACCGAAUGACAAUCUGAGAAAAGAAAAUGAAAAACAUCCAACAGAACUCGACAAAGACAAAAGAAAUCCUCAGGGGGAAAACAAAGAAGUGAGCAAACUGUCAAGUGAGAAAGAGAGAGUGGCAAAGACCCCAUCAAUCCAGUCGGAAAGCAGGAAAAUCAAACUAUGCUCCAUUCUGGCUGGAAAGACAAAUAUAUCACCUGAGAGGUUUACUGGCACCCUGAAAAAAGAAAUUCCGAAUCUGAUGGAAGUUUCAAUGGAUGAGAGUGACAUUGUUUUGGUUUUCUGUCCUAUUGUUUCUCGAGCUGGAACUGAUAUUGAAGCAGCACUGAAAAUAUUCACUGACUCUACAGACUCUAAACUGAAAGUUCUAGUGGUGCUACAUCACACUUUUGACACAGAGAAAACUGUACCAGACAGCAGCAGAUGUGUCAACAGGACAGAUAUACUGACAGUGGACUGUCUGUUCUAUGAGGACACAGGAUUGCUAAAGUGUCAGAAAAAUGAUGAUGCAAUCGACAAAGUUGUGAACUGGUUAAUACAGCAGGGGGAGAAAAAAGGUGUCAAAGUAUGUCGAUGGCAAGUUGAAACAGACCAAUCAUCAUCUUUUUGGUCAAGGCUCUCUGGUCCAUUUAAGUACCUAGUAGUCAAUGGGGUCCAAGAACAAUAAGCAUUUUGAACAAAGAAAUUCAUACUGAUUUAAAACAACUCAAGGGUGAGUAAAUGAAGACAGAAAUAAUAUUUUUGGUUGAAUUUUCCCUUUAAGUGUAAGCACCUUCUUAGCUGCCUUUUUGAGCAGUUUUCCACUAUGCAGAUUGAAGAAGUUGCCUUUACUCUUAUGCGUUUGCUGGCUACUUUGGAUCUUUGUGCUGCUAACGCAAGAUACUGGAUUUAUGUUGUUUCUUCAUUAAUUUGGAGAUUCAAUGUUAAAUUAAAAGUAUAUUUGUAACAAGGUUCAAUAAAAGGAAGGAAGGAGACGGGAACCGACAAACAUUUAAACAUUUAAUAAAGUAAUAACAAAGUAAAAAGACAGCCGGCAGCCCCUCACGGACGACUGCCGGCGAACAACACCCACCACAACUGAUAUCCAGGCAUGUUCCUCUCUCAUUGACGGUCCGGUCGCUCGUCCUCUUAUGCUCCCAAUCUCCUCCGUGAUACGAGACCAGUGCGCGUACAGCUGACGCUCAUUAUCACUUACCGGACUCGACUCAAUGUCUCGCCUACUUUACUACAAUAAUUUAAAACAUUUGUAUAAUAAUUACCUCACAGGACGUAACUGUAUUUUUAUUGUUCUUUUCAUGAAGUGAAAAAGAAGUUAUAGAAGAUAUUUUUUAAUUUACGUAAAAUAUAUAUUCUAUAUAGUUUACCGUAACAUCUAUAACAAAACUAAGUCAGUCAACUGGAAUUUCACAUUCACACAUUUUGUCACAUUUAUUAAAA